AUGGAGCGCGACAGGUCCGACUUUGUCAUCUUGUCGGCGGCGAAUCAGCACGGUUCGACAGCGAGCCGCCACGAAGUUUACGCCACGGGCAAAAUCACGUGCGGCGAGAAGGCGUGGGCCGAGCAACGGGUCGAACUCUGGGAGAAGAACGAAUGGAGCACCGACGUGGAGGUGACCCACUCGGUGACGACGGCCGACGGGACAUUUGGUAUCAAGGCCGUCAAUAAUAUUCUUCUCCACCGCCCGAGGUACUACAUCAAACUCGUUCAUGAAUGCAACGUGGUUGCGCCCUGCAAACAAGAGAACCAGUACUUCAUCCCGGCCGAAUACCUCCACGGCCAGACAUUCGAGCUGAAGGACGUCGACUUGAUGAUGAAGCCGGAGGGAGCGCAGGACAAAGUGAAGCCGGUAUGC